AUGGCAAAAAUGAAUCCAGGUCGACGCUAUAGGUGCACCAAUGUGCAGCAAGUCAGCAACCAGAACUUCCGUGCCCUCAAGGACUGGCUCAAAAAGACAGGUACACAUCAUGGCAACCUGUCAAACAAACACAAAUGUCUAUUGAACCAUUGGAAAAUAUCCCCUGUUCUACAACAAUAUCAACAGAAAAAUCAGGGAGACACCAAUUUCGCAUUCAACCCUCUUUCUUCUAUUGUUGGUGCAUUACUAACGGAAUUUUCAUUGCUACACCAUGGGAAAACACAGAAACGACAGCGUGAGGUGCGCCGCGGGACCAAUGCGAAGUUUUUAAAAAUGGCAACCCGCUGA